CCCCGCCCCUUCCCCACCUCGAUCCCGCCCACGUCCCGGCGUGCUGCGCGGCGGGAAGAUGGCGGCCGCCAUGAAGGCGGGCUUGGGCCGGCUGGGCCUGCGGACUGCGUCCGUGCUCCGUCCUGCCGGAGCGGCUCCAGCCUGUCUUGUUGUCCCAGUGAGAACAAAGAAGAGGUUUUCUGUCCCCGAAUGGGCCAGAGAGCUGUCCCCUGAAGAGAAGGAGAAGAGACUCAAGUCUUCAGGGGCAGUGUUUCCCGAUCAACGUAUAGAACGGACUUUCUACUUGGCUUGCACAGCUGAUAUUAUAGACCCUUACGUCCCUCCUGAGGGCGAUGCCCGCUUGACUUCCCUAUCCAAAGAUGGGCUGAAGCAAAAGAUGGAGAAGCUGAAGCAGACUGCCGCCUCCCAACUAGCUCUGCGAAAGGUAAAAGAUCACGAUCCGGAUUUCAGCACUAAAACCUUCCCAGAGAAGGCGCAGGAGAUAUUUAUUGAAGCUCACAAUUGCCUGGCAAAUUUUAACAAGCAGAAACUUCACUCCCUGGUGACAGAGCGCUGCUACCCAGAGAUGGUCCGUGGGAACAGGUACAAGACCAUCCGGUGGAGUUUCGUGGAGUCGCUGGAGCCUCCAAGAGUGGUUCAUGUUCGAUGCGACAGCAUUAUGAAUCGAGGCAACCUGUACGGCCAGGUGACAGUGCGCAUGCACACGCGACAGAUUCUGGCAAUCUAUGACCGCUUUGGGCGGCUGAUGUAUGGCGGGGAGCAGGUGCCCAAGGACGUUUUGGAGUACGUCGUAUUUGAGAGGUACUUGGUGAACCCAUAUGGCACGUGGAGGAUGCACGGCAAGAUCGUUCCAGAGUGGGCUCCACCGAAGGACCCCAUUGUUAAGACCGUGAUGAUUCCUGGCCCAACCUUGGAUCCCUCACAGGAGUACGAAGAAACAAAGUAGGAAGUUCCAGAGCCUGUACAGACAGCAGUGCGAAUAACCCUGGAGGGAGGAAGUGGAGAAUGUCUGUGGAAGAUAUGGCCGUGCCUUUCCAGUGAGCAGUCAACAAAGCAGCUUCACAAACGGACUCUGGUCACUAAGAACUUGUCUUUAAAGGAGCAAGAGGGGACUGGGAGGAGGAUUCUGAUGCGCUCUAAGAAGAGCUUUACUCUGUCCAAGUAGACUUAAUGUGCUGCAGUUUAGCGCUCUCUGUGUUUCUGUGAAGAUGAGAAGUCUGUUCUCUUCAGGACUGCUCCCUAGGCUAACCUCUGUCCUGAACUUGCAUCGUGAGAGCCCUUGGCAGCAGAAGUCUGUCCAGAUGUGGGAUAUUUGGGAAAUAUCAUAGACCUGGUGGGCUUUCAUUAAAACUUGCAGCAAUAGACGUUGACCUUUUCUUUUCCCAUCCUCUCUCCCUCUCUGUACUGAUUCCCAGGCUUCUUUUUUUUAACAGAAAACAGGGAAGAGCGGCAAGCACACUUCAAAACAGAUUCUGCUGGGUGGGUGCUGCAGGUGGACUCCUGAGUGGGAGCCUGUUAGUGGCCAAGCUUCCCAAAGGGGCUGCAGCGCAGCGCUGGUAAUUUAAUAAAAUUUUUUGACUCCUAAGGUCAGC